UUGUACCACAAACUGAACUAGACGUGCACGUGUUCUUAUAGAAAGUUAAAUCAUUUAUUAAAGGGUAAAAAUUUAGUUUAAACAAAUUCAAACACAAAAAUUACAAUGUCCACUACUUCAGAAGACGAAGAAAAUGUUGUAAGUGGUGAAGAGGAGGAGGAAGAAGAAGUCGAUGAAGAAAUUGAAGAGGAACAAGAUGAAGAAUCAGAUAAUGAGGAAGAACACGAGGCUGAGGAAACAAAAGAAAAUUCAGCCAAAGACAAUGAAUCUGAUGACGCUGAUAAAGAUGAUAAACCCAUGACAUGGAAAGAAUUGGGUCUGAAUGAUACCUUGAUCAAAUCAUGUGAAGAAUUAAAAUGGAAAGCACCCUCCAAGAUUCAGAAGGAGGCUAUACCAGUAGCUUUGCAAGGCAAAGAUGUUAUUGGCUUGGCGGAAACUGGCUCUGGCAAAACAGGAGCAUUUGCACUGCCUAUUUUACAGGCCUUGUUGGAUAAUCCACAAAGAUAUUUUGCUUUAAUUCUAACCCCCACCAGAGAAUUGGCAUUUCAAAUAUCGGAACAAUUUGAGGCUCUUGGCAGUUCCAUUGGUGUCAAAUGUUGUGUGAUAGUAGGUGGCAUGGAUAUGGUUUCACAGGCUUUACAAUUGGGGAAAAAGCCUCAUAUUAUUAUUGCCACCCCUGGUCGUUUAGUAGACCAUUUGGAAAACCUUAAAGGUUUUAAUUUAAAGGCCAUUAAGUAUCUUGUCAUGGAUGAAGCUGAUCGUAUUCUCAAUAUGGACUUUGAAGUGGAAUUAGAUAAAAUUCUCAAAGUUCUGCCUAAAGAAAGAAGAACAUUCUUGUUCAGUGCCACUAUGACGAAGAAAGUAAAGAAACUGCAAAGAGCUUCCUUGAAGGAUCCCGUCAAAGUGGAAGUUUCCAACAAAUAUCAGACUGUAGAACAAUUGCAGCAGUACUACAUAUUCAUGCCUGUUAAAUACAAAGAUGUCUACCUCGUACACAUACUCAACGAAUUGGCGGGCAAUAGUUUUAUGAUUUUCUGCAGUACAUGCAACAAUACAGUAAAAACAGCUUUAAUGUUAAGAGCUUUGGGUUUGGCUGCCAUUCCUCUGCAUGGUCAAAUGUCUCAAAAUAAACGUUUGGCUGCUCUCAACAAGUUUAAAGCGAAAAAUCGUUCUAUACUCAUUUCUACCGAUGUGGCCUCCAGAGGUUUGGAUAUACCCCAUGUGGAUGUCGUAUUGAAUUUUGAUAUACCCACCCACAGCAAAGAUUAUAUACAUCGUGUUGGUCGUACAGCACGUGCUGGUCGUUCGGGAAAGGCUCUCACAUUUGUCACCCAGUAUGAUGUUGAGUUGUAUCAACGCAUAGAACAUUUGUUGGGCAAACAAUUGCCAUUGUACAAAUGUGAAGAAGAUGAGGUAAUGGCCUUGCAAGAACGCGUUAGUGAGGCUCAACGUACGGCCAAACUAGAACUUAAAGAUAUUGAAGAAUCUAAAGGCUCAAAGGGACGUUAUAAAAAGGGUGCCGCUGGUGAUGAUUUCGAUGAUUCGGAACAAUUUACCGGAGCACGUAAACGUAUGAAAUCAGGUGGUGGUGGCGGCGGCGGUAAAGCCAAUUGGAAAAAGGCUAAAAGGAAGUAAUUUCCUUUGUAGAGCAAAUUAAAUGUAUUGUUGUUUUCUACUAUAGUCUUUAGUUAUUUUUGUAAUGUAUUUUAAGAAAUAAAAGCAAAAUGUAAAAUUGAUUUUACAUUAACAAUAUAAAAUUUAAAGAA